AUGUAUAAGGUGAUACUAUUGAUCCUGACGUUGUUAGGAAAUGCUCUUCUAACCCAAGGGUACCCAUUAUUUGAUGAAAGUCAAUAUCUUACCAAAGACGAGGCGCAAUAUUUAGUGGACGAUCCAGUACUUACUCAUAAAGUUAUUUUUGAAAUAAGUCAAGAUUCAAAACCGAUGGGAUCAAUAAAGAUAGCGUUGUUUGGUAAUACUGUGCCAAAGACAGUCAAAAACUUUAUUGGAUUAUCUGAAAAGGGUCCAGGAGAAGGAUAUAAGGACUGUAAGAUUCAUCGAAUAGUUGAAAAUUAUGUUCUUCAAACUGGAGAUUUUGAAAAGAAAAAUGGAUCAGGAGGAUAUUCAAUAUUUAAUACUCCAUUAUUCGAUGAUGAAAAUUUCGAUAUAAAACAUAAUAAAAAGGGUAGAGUUUCAAUGACAAAUAAUGGUAAGAAUAAAAAUGGAUCUCAAUUCUUUAUAAGUUUAUUGCAUAGAGCUUAUCAUUUGGAUGAAAAAUACGUCUCAUUCGGACAAGUAAUUGGUGGGUUUGAUACCAUACAGGCUAUUAAUGUGGUUCCAUUGGAUGAUGACAAUGUUCCUUUAUUGGACAUUUAUAUUACAGAUGUCAAAGUGAUUAAAAUGAAAUUUAAGAAUAAAAAUAUUCAAAUUUUUGAUAGUGAUGAUAAUAGUCAGGAUCAGAGUAUCAAUAAUGAAGAUUUAAUAGUGGUGGAUGAAUUCAUCCCCAAUCAAAGUUGGGUAUUAAUUGGAUUUUUUGGUGCUAUAGUCUUAACCUAUAUAUUGAGAUGGGGUUGGAUAAGGACAUAUAAAGAAAAGCAUAUUCAUUUGAAACAUCCGCCAGAAUGA